AUGCCCGACCAUGAAGCCCUUCCGCUACGUACGACAGUUCUUGUAGUCGGGGCAGGCCCCGUCGGGCUCUCUCAUGCAAUUGCGUUGCUCGAACAAGGGAUCACCGAUUUCAUCAUUGUUGACAAACUUGAAGAGGCACAGAACUCAUCUAGAGCAUUCGCAGUGCAUGCUGCUACUCUAGAGGCUCUCGACUCCAUCAAUAUGGCUCACACCCUCGCCGAACAUUGUGCAAAAGCCAAGUCCCUGCACAUACUCUCCCAAUCCCUGUCACCGCUUAUCUCGUUCGAUUACUAUGGCGGACUUAAACAGUACACUGAGUUUCCGUAUAUGUAUAUCGUGCCACAAAAUGUGUUGGAGGCAGUGUUUACGAGGCGGUUGAAGGAGAAGGGGAUCGAAGUGAGGAGGGGUGAGGGGUGGAAAGCUGUUGGAAUGAGGGGAUGUGAGGGUGAGAACGGCGAGGUGGGUGAUGAUGAGGUGGUGGUGAUUUUUGAUGGUGGGCAGAAGAUUGUGGCGAAAUAUGUUAUUGGCGCGGAUGGAGCGAAAAGUAUUGUUCGCCAACUUGCAUGCAUACCGUUCGAGGACCCACAUGCAUCAUCAUCAUCUACGCCCACAUCCAUGUCUACGACCACUGAACAAAUAAUCAAUGCAGACGUAACGUUCACCUCACCCCUCAAUCUGCCUCCACACGAUGAUCAAUCCUCACGGGACUACGAAAUGACGAUCAUAAUCUCCCCCGGCACAUUCGUCCUCCUCGCACCAUUCCCCGAACCGACUUUGUCUUCCACACAACUCCAACCUUCCAGCCGAACCGAUACCAGCCAUGCUCCCGGAACGAAACCCGCAACCUUCUCCUCUUCCUCUUCACCUUCCCAAUCAUCUACUCCGCCUCGCACUUACCGCUUAGCAGCCGCCAUCCCUCCCUCUCUCGGUCGUCCACCCGAUAACCCCCCACUAUCCUACAUUCAGGAGAUGUUCGACCGUUUCGGACCCCGACUCCCUCCCGUCACUAACUCUCAGGAUGAAAAUGGACACGCUCUGGACGGCAGAAUAAGAAUCGAGAAAGUCUCAUGGAGCGUGCGAUUCAGGACGACGUCGGCCGUCGCGGAUCAGUUCUUCACUCGAUUUCCUCGUGCAGCGAAUCAUCAUCGACAGGACGCUGGUUCGGUAGAUAACAAUCAUUCGGGAGCUGGACAAAGAGCAGGACCUGGAGCGGUGUUAUUCUUGAUUGGUGACGCGGCGCACGUACAUCCACCAGCAGGAGGUCAAGGCAUGAACCUCGGCAUUCGGGACGCACUGUUUCUCGCGCCCGUACUCGCCACUCACAUCCGUCAACAUCGUUCGUCGUCAUUUGCUACGACUAAGACGACAAACGGAUCGUCACCCCCCUCGACCGCGGAUGGGAAGGUAGACAAUUCACCAGCGAAGAAUGAAACGAUAGACGACUUGGCGCUCGAAGCUUACGCCGCUCAACGUCGCGAACGCGCCCUCUUCGUUAUCGGACUCGCAAACGGAAUGAUGAAUAGUAUUGCGAGGGCGGGUGGGAAUGCAGUUAGGAUGGUGGGCGGAUUAUUUGCUUGGGUUUGGUCUGUUACGAUGGGGAGGUUGGUGAUUGGACCGCCUGCUACUACUUCGACGUUGGCUCCGUCGGUGCCUGAGGAGGGAAGAAGCGAGGAGAGUGGCGGCGUGCACGGUAGUGAUGAUGGUGCGCGUGGUACCAGCAUUGAAAAAGGUAGGGAGGGAGGUAGUGAAGGGAGAACAACAGCAGGCGGUAAUGCUACUGUGAGAGGUGGGCAUAGGAAUGCAAAAGGAUGGUCGUAUGAGUCGAGCAGGGUCGUGCUCGAAUGGGGAUUGUGGAGUGUUGGGAGGAUUGGAUUUGUGAGGCGGUAUAUUGGAUGGAGGUUAGGUGGAUUGAACCAUCGAUGAAUGGGACACAGCUGCUUGGUAGGCCGUUAGUGGGGGCGGUUGUUAGGUAAAACGUUGACUCGGGAGUCGUGACGUUCCGGAACAAUACCAAAAUACGUCUAUUUUAUCUGGACAUCUCCGUCGCUGGGCCUCUGAUUAAUGGACUAUUACUGUGGCUUUCUCGCGCACGUGUACUUACAAGGAGUCUUUGAGGGUCACACAUAUAUGUAGGAAAGACCGCCCGAGUCUCGAGUCUCGGAGUUACGGUCUCAG